AUGCGUCUUCUACCCUCACUCGUGGUCGCCGCGACCUUUUGCCCUCUCAUAUCUGCCGUGCCCGCAGGCUCCAGCAUCACCCCACCGCCGCCCCUCCAGCCUGUCCACCUCAUUACUCAUUCUGACCCACGCCGCCCAUGGACUCGGCUGCGCGAUUGGGUAAUCGGUUCGAUCUGGGGUAUUGAUCCCAAGCAUUGUUCAUCGAGGAAUGCAUCUCCGCCAUCUAACAUCUACGCACGAUAUGGCAGCGAUGUGGUGCUUCGAUUUCACCUGCGUCAGCCGGACGAGGCAGCCGCAUUGUCAUCCGCAUCGCAAGUGCUAUUCUUGGAUAUCUGGGCCAUCACCUCGGAAUUCGUGGAUAUCAGACUGGCAGAGGACAUGAUACCCUCAUUGCUCGACCUUCUCCCUGUCACUCUCCGCACCUCCUACACCCCCCUCAUGGAUAAUCUCGCCGACAAGAUAUACGCAACAUAUCCUGAUAAUCUCCGUAAUAAUUUGGACCUCGGGCCAGGAACUAUAUCACCAGGGCGCAAGACAACGACAAUCGGCGACCUCUUCUUCCAAGAAUACCAGCCGCUGUCCGUUAUUACGCAAUGGAUGCGCUUGAUGGCAUCGAUGUUCUCCUCGCAUGUGCGUAUGACUAGCAUAGGUCUUUCCUACGAGGGCCGCGACAUCCCAGCCCUGCGACUUGGGAUGUCCGAAACAGAUAACAAAUCCGGGCCCCGUAAGACGAUCGUCGUCAUGGGUGGCUCCCACGCCAGAGAAUGGAUCAGCACAUCCACAGUGACAUACGUGGCCUACAGUCUCAUCACAUAUUACGGGUACUCCCCUGCCGUAACACGCUUGUUGCACGAGUACGACUGGGUCCUAAUUCCUACCCUCAAUCCAGACGGAUACGUCUACUCAUGGGAAUCAGAUCGUCUGUGGCGUAAGAACCGCCAGCCGACGGGUCUCCCACUGUGUCCCGGCGUCGACCUGGACCGCGCCUGGGACUUUGAGUGGGAUGGCGAGUCAACUCACUCGAACCCCUGCUCCGAGAAUUACGCCGGCGCAGAGCCAUUUGAAGCACGGGAAUCGCAGCGCCUGGCGCAGUGGGCCCAGAAUGAGACAGCUCAUGGCCGGGUUGACAUCGUCGGCUUCAUUGACCUGCACUCUUACUCUCAGCAGAUCCUCUACCCAUACUCAUACAGCUGCUCAGCCAUACCCCCAACCCUCGAGACUCUCGAGGAACUCGCCUUGGGUCUCGCCAAAACCAUCCGCCAGACCUCGCACGAGUCCUAUGACGUUACCUCGGCAUGCGAGGGGAUCUUGACCAGUGGUGCAGCUACUGGAGUUACUUCCGGUGGUAGCGCUCUAGACUGGUUCUACCAUAAAUUGCAUGCCACGUACUCUUAUCAGAUCAAACUUCGGGACCGGGGUAGCUAUGGGUUCCUUUUGCCCUCGGAACAUAUCAUUCCCACCGGAAAGGAGAUCUUCAACUCCUUAUUGACAUUCGGAAAGUUCAUGUGGGGUGAAGAAGCCUCGGAUAUUACCUUUGAAGACAUGAUGAUGGGCGGUCAAGUGCCCCUGGCGGAUAAGGUAUGA